AUGGAAUAUGAACCCAAGGUUAUCCUAAUCACUGGUGGUGCUGGAUUCAUCGCUUCACACGUCGUCAUCCACUUUGUGACUCAAUACCCACAGUACAAGAUUGUUGUCGUUGACAAGUUGGAUUACUGUGCAUCCCUCAAGAAUCUCGACGCAGUUAAAGGUGCUCCGAACUUCAAGUUCUUUAUCGCCGAUAUCACCGAUGCCCACACUAUGCAGAAGAUUUUUGAGAUGGAGAAGGUCGACACUGUCAUGCACUUCGCUGCCCAGACCCAUGUGGAUAACUCUUUUGGAAAUUCGUUCCAAUUCACUCACAACAACAUCUUCGGAACACACGUAUUGCUCGAAGUUGCGAAGAAUGCAAACGUCAGAAGGUUCAUUCACGUCUCGACUGAUGAAGUCUACGGACAGGUCAUCGGAAACGCAGCAACCGAAAACUCGUUGUUAAAUCCAACCAACCCAUACUCAGCAACCAAAGCCGGUGCAGAGUUCAUUGCCAGAGCAUUUUAUCAGUCAUUUGGGUUGCCUCUCAUUAUUACAAGAGGAAACAACGUUUUUGGUCCCCAUCAAUUCCCAGAAAAGCUGAUUCCCAAAUUCAUUACUUUAUUGGACAGAGGAAUGAACUGCUCAAUUCAUGGAAAUGGAGACGAGAAGAGAAGCUUCAUUUAUGUUGAUGAUGUUGUCAACGCAUUCGACUUGAUCUUGAGAAAGGGAAUUGUUGGACAAAUUUACAACAUUGGAACAACUCGAGAAAUUUCGAACACUGAAGUGACGCACGAUUUACUCGACAUCUUUGGAGUUCCAAAGGAUGAACAAGAAAGUAGAAUUUAUCACGUAGAGAAUAGAUGUUUCAAUGACCAGAGAUAUUCGCUUGACGUUUCCAAAUUAGAGAAGCUUGGGUGGAGAGCAGAGACAAAAUUUGAGGAUGGACUCAAGAAAACAGUUGAAUGGUAUUUAAGUCACAAAAAUAACUGGGAGAGAACUGAUGAAGCUUUAGUGCCACACCCCAGAUUUGGCCAAGCUGCCAACUGA